GCAGCGGAUCCCAUUGCGCCACCAUCUCAGCCCACAAAGCCUGGGCAGACACCCCUCAGCAACCCGACCCGCACAUUCCCCACCUAGGCUUGACCCCUUUUCCCGGUACAGUUCUGGGUACCCACAUCCCACCAUGGUCACCACCACGGCGCCGCCGCCCUUCCUAGCUCGGAUCUCGGCAGGCACCGAAGACCCCAGGCGGCUGCCCUCUACUCUUUUCCAGCGCCUCAGGCGAGGGGACAGCAACUGUGAGAACCAGCCUAGCUGCUGCCUGGCGGGCCCGGGGGGCAGCGCGAGGCCCACGCUGAAAAGGGUCCGUCGGAGGAAGGGAAAGAUCCGGCCCAGCCCCGCGGGGCUCCUGCCCAGCCGCUACCAACAGUAUCAACAGCAUCGCACCGGCCUGGGGAGAAGGACCCCACUGGGAACACACGGGACAGGCGAGCUUCGCGCUCACCCGACGUCAACAGCUUCGGCUGCCCCUGGCACGGGAAUGGUAGCCCCGGAGGAGCCGCCCGCCCCGUCGAGACUUGCGCCCAGCAAACCCCUCAGGAAAGAGUUCUUGAAGAGCAAGAUGGGAAAGUCUGAGAAGGCUGCCGUCCCGUACAGCCAGCCCGUUCACAGUUUACAUCUGUGUGAACAACCAAAGAUGAACAGGCAGAAGAGUAAAUGUAACGCGCCGCUGACAAAGAUCACAUCUGCAAAACAGCUAGAGAACUUUUGGCAAGAUUCCGUGUCGCCAGAAAUAACGCAGAAACAGGAGAAAAAGCCACUUAAAAACACAGAGAACUUCAGAAACGCCAAGUCCAAGAAACCGGUCGCCCUGACUGAAGUGAGCCAAAAAGAAAACUACGCUGGGGCGAAAUUCAGUGACCCACCAUCUCCUAGUGUCCUUCCAAAGCCUCCCAGCCACUGGGUGGGUGGCACAGCUGAACCCUCUGACCAAAACAAGGAGUUGAUGGCUGUCCAUUUGAAAACUCUCCUAAAAGUUCAAGCAUAGUUUCCGAGAGCCCUCGAGUAAUUGGCAAAGCAAACUCCAUCCAGGAAACUUCAAAAAAAAACAAACAAACAUGCCUUGUUGCAAUAAAGUUGCAAAAGACUGUCAAGUCUUAACAAUCACAUUUAAAAAAAAAAACAAAACAAAAACCCAA